GGAUAUCUUAAUAGAAUAUGGCGGUCGGCAAGUCAAGAACGAUUUGAAAAUAUCCAUUUUGUUGCCAAUGCUACUUGGGAGCACAAAACGCAAACCUGUGAAUUUAACAUAAAUGGUCGAUUCGGAAAUUCUGUUGACUGGCUCGAUGGCCAACCCAUUUUCAACGUCAGUCUAGAAGCACAUAUCGUCCCGAUAUCUCCAUUUGGGACAAAUGUUGAGAAUAUAGUUUCAACUCCUGGCACUGGACAAAACUUUGCAUCGGAUAUGACAACAUGGAUAGGGGGAACUGAUAACUCGGCUCAAGGCAACCAGUCAACAACCAAUUCUUUGCCUAUUUUUCUGACUACUUCUGGGUUAGAAAGGGAGCAAACGAGAGCACGACCCGACCCGAGUAUUCCAGCUAAAACCUCUCAAUCGCUUAGAAGUUUAAUCAGCCAGUAUAUUCCCAAGAAGACAAGCAAAUCCCCGACAAUAUCACAACGAACAGAACCGACAGAUGCACAUCCUAUUGUCACCCGAUCGCCAAAUCAGGUUUCUGAGCAUUACUCGUCUACCGUAAACUUGGCACCUAGAGGAGCUAACCCUACAAAUAGACAUGCUAACCCCCCAGGACCGGAUCAAGUCCAGUAUCGACAAUCCCGUGGGUUGUCCGUUGUUACUGGUACCGACAUGAUUUCUACUCAAUCCGUACAUACCUCAAGCAUAGUUGGUUACACUGGCGUAAGGCAUACUUCAAGGCAGUUUACAACCGCUAGUGUCGUGAACAUACCAGAAGAUAAUAUUAUCUGAGUUCGUUUAGAUUUUGGCUUAGAUUAUCCCUAUUGAGAAAUCUAGCCACGAUACUUUAAGUACUUAACUUAGUGUUUCAUUCUAAAAUGUUUAUAUGAUAG